AUGUGUGAUGUCACGGAGGAUCAAACUCCUGGGUUCAAAGAGGUCUUCCAGCUGUUUGACCGCACAGGGGAUGGAAAGAUCUUAUACAGCCAGUGUGGGGACAUGAUGCGGGCCUUGGGCCAGAAUCCCACCAGUGCUAAGGUGCUCAAGGUCUUAGGGAAUUCCAAGAGUGAUGGUGAGAAGAUGACCGAGGAAGAAGUGGAGGUGUUGUUGGCAGGGCAUGAGGACAGCAACGGUUUUAUCAACUGUGAAGAGCUAGUCCAGAUGGUGCUGAAUGGCUGA